AUGGCCUUAGAUCACUUGGAGGAGACUGUGCCCCAAAAAGAAAAAUGGAAAUCUUCCAAGGAAGUCAUUUCAGAUUCUGAUAUAACUGCCUCUAGUGGCUUUGACUGCAACAUCUGCCUUGAGUGUGUGCAAGAUCCAGUGGUCACACUUUGUGGUCAUCUUUAUUGCUGGCCCUGCAUAUACAUAUGGCUUCAUUUUCAAAGUACCACUCUAGACAAUGAAGAGCAACAGAAGCCACAAUGUCCAGUAUGCAAAUCAGAAGUUUCUCAAUCCUCCCUUGUUCCAUUAUAUGGCCGUGGCCAAACCACGAUACCUUCUAAAGGGAAGCCGCAUCAAGUAGGGAAUGUCAUACCACAAAGGCCUCGUGGUCCCAGAUCAUUGAACAAUAGGAGUGUUUCCCAACCUAUUUCUCAAAGUUAUCAUCAUCCCUAUAGUAAUCCUUAUCAUACUCAACAAUUCAACUCAGUUCCAAGCGGUUAUACGUCACCAAUGCUUAGAACAAGUGGUUUACUAGACAACUCAUCCGGAAUCUUUGGUGAAUUGAUAUAUACAAGGGUGUUUGGUGACCAAGUGACAAACAUGCAUACAUAUGCAAAUUCGUACGGUCUUUCAGGGUUAAAUAACCCAAGGAUGAGAAGACAUUUAAUGCACGUUGAUAAAUCACUGAGCAGAAUAAGUUGUUUCCUCCUAUGCUGCGUAGUUGCGUGUCUCCUCUUAUUCUGA